GUUGGAGGGUGACCAAAGGCGCAGUUGAAGAGGAGGGUCUUGAGACGUGCAAUGCGAAAAAGUUUUAAUCUUUUAUUGUGGUCAUUUUUAUUUUUUUAAAAAACUUGACUAUUCAAUUAAUUCAGAAGCAGAUAUUUUCAUUAGUUUGAUAAAACUGAAGAAUUUGCCUUAAGGUUAAGGUUGCUUUAUGUUUCCGCCGGCACUCAGCUCAGCGGAGGCACACUCACCUGCCAAAGCGAGUGAGCUGCCUGCUUUGGAUGGAGUUGCUUUGAAUAUGUUCAGCUGAUUUGUUUAUGGAGCUUUGUCGUGGAGCCUUUAAGAGGUACAGGUGGGUCCUGGCAUUGCCAGUGCUGGGAUCUGCUCAGAACUGCUCUGAAAGUGUGGUGGUGGUGGUGGAGGGUAAAGACUGAGAGAGGAGGAAGAAAAGGCAGGACCUACGGGGCUAGAUGCCAGCACUCCAGGCAGUCGGUCUCCUUAUGUUAUGGCUGUGUGCACUCUGCACAAUGGUAUGACAAUGAGUAGCAAUAUAAAUGCAAACGGCAGCCCCAGGAGUGGGACGCCUGACCAGCCCGCAGCCGAGCUCCACAUCUCCCGUAUCCACAUGCGGGUGAGUGGGGGUCCAAGGAGCCUGAGCCCCUCCUUGCCGAGGGUUAAUCGUGCGUCUCUCCCAGACCACCUGGGUGUGGGGGUUCCAUCCCAGGCUGGCUCCAACGAGGACCUGAGCUGCUGCUUCCUUCCUGGUGUCUCCGGUGCCACCCUCCAGGCCCCGGCACUGUGGUCUCCCGACGGCUUGAUGGCCGAGGGCAAUGGGAACCUGCCAAGCGGCAGAGCCAGGCUCCGAGCCCAUAGCCCAGGACCGACCCAGGAACUGCAAACCAUGGAGUUCAGCAGGAAAGUUGGGAUUUUUGAAGCCAAUUCCCAGGAUGUCCAGAUGCCUCAAGGGAAGAGGAGAGCAACCGUGCCGGAUGUAAAUCUGGGACAAAUCUCCAAACUCAGCUGGGACUUCCAGCGGAGGAACGCUGAUAAUAGGAAUGGCCAAAAUCCUGAAGUGGGCACAGACUCACAGGUGAAAGAGACAACUUUACUGAGAUCCAGCGGAGAUGGAGAAAGGAGGAUAAGUAGCGUUGUUACACAGAAUGAUCCAGGAAUCUGGGAUUCUGAGAUGCGGAAGCAGCAGUGGGAGGAGGAGAGAGACAAUCUUCCUGAAUCCAGCCCGGAAGAGCAGCUCUGCAUGGGAUUGAAGGGGCAACGUAUUGCUGCAGAGCAUGGAGCUGAGAUCAUGCCGAAUCAACUGGGUUUUCCUACGCUGGGGUCACCCCAAGUUGGGUUGCGUCUGCCCAGCGUUCCGGAUGCACAGGAGGUGGGAGUGGGAUGUCUGCCCGGUUCCCCCCCGCUCCUCCAUCUCAGGGAUUUUGUCAGCUCUGAGAUCCCAUACGUCAUUGUGACUGAGCAUGGAACAGAAGGGGCGACAGACACUGAUCUGUCUGAUCCCAAUGGGACCCAGCCGCAUGGCCCACCCCUCCGCAAACUCUCCUCCUCAUCGGCUUCCUCCACCGGCUUCUCCUCCUCCUGGGAUGAAUCUGAGGAUGACAUCUCCAGCGAUCCCGACAGAGGCAACGAGUCAUCUCCAAACUACCUGCAGACCCUGGCCCAGGCCAAACCAAGAGUGAGUAAAUCAUGGAGGAAGAUCAAGAACGUGGUGCAAUGGUCGCCGCUUGUUAUGUCCUUCAGAAAGCGCUACCCAUGGAUACAGCUAGCGGGACAUGCAGGCAGCUUCAAGGCCGGGGCCAAUGGUAAGAUCCUGAAGAAGCAUUGUGAAUGCGAGCAGCGCUGUCUCGACCGGCUAAUGAGAGACCCUCUGAAGCCAUAUGUGCCAGGUUACCAUGGCGACGUGGAGAAGGACGGCGAGAGGUACAACCAGAUGGAUGACCUGCUCUCCGAGUUCGACCUCCCCUGUGUCAUGGACUGCAAGAUGGGCGUGAGGACAUACCUGGAGGAGGAGCUUGCGAAGGCCAGGAAGAAGCCGUGCCUAAGGAAGGACAUGUAUCAAAAGAUGGUGGAGGUUGAUCCUGAGGCCCCAACAGAGGAAGAGCAGAGGCUGCGAGCCGUCACCAAGCCCCGCUACAUGCAAUGGCGAGAGACGAUCAGCUCCACGGCCACCUACGGCUUCAGAAUUGAAGGGGUCAAAAAUGAAGAUGGGACAGUGAACCGGGAUUUUAAGAGGACGAAAACCAAAAUUCAAAUCAUGGAAGCUUUUCAAGAGUUCACAAAAGGAAACCAGGUUGUUCUGAGAAGGUACCUGGACCGGUUGAAGGAUGUCCGAGAGGCACUGGAAGUUUCACCUUUCUUCAAAACCCAUGAGGUGAUUGGCAGCUCCUUGCUGUUUGUGCAUGACAGAAAACAACAAGCCAAGGUCUGGAUGAUUGAUUUCGGGAAAACCACACCUCUGGCCGAAGGUCAGGUCCUCAACCACCGGUUGCGAUGGUUGGAGGGGAACAGGGAAGAUGGGUACCUCUGGGGCCUCGAUAAUCUCACGUCCAUCCUGGAGGAAAUGACCAAAGAGGAGGACUAGCCUUUGAACUGGACAAUGUUCUUGGUACACAGCACUACAGGACGGUUAAUCCUCACACAGAGAGAGACACAUAGGCAUAGGUACAGCACUUCCAUGUUAGGAGCCCUUGUAGCUCAGUGGUUAGAGGGCUUGCCUCGCAAGC